UAAGCAACCCACAGCUCCACGUAAACUGAGAGGGAGAUGAGCGGACGUGAUUGAGAAGACUUUAACAGUGUCAUUCAUAAUAAUAAAGUAAAUCCAGAUCCAGACUCGGUUCCGGAACAAGCAUCAUGUCGAACCCGGAGGAACCAGCGAACAUCGGCAGAGUGCUGAGUUUUCUCCGGGAGUGGGACCGUGGAGACAGGACGGUGCGCGGCCGCAUGUUGAGCACCUUUGUGGGUCAGAGCUCAGGGAAGACGUGCUAUGAGCUGGAGAGUGAGUUCGCUCAGGUGUCCAGUCUCUUUCUGGCUCGACUCACCACCUGGAUGAGACUCACAUACAUGUUUGGGACUUUCUUGGGCCUCCAGUUAAGAGCAAUCAGGAUUUUCCUGUCUGCAUCAGGCCAUGAUCAGUACCUGAUGGAGUUCCUGGAGGACGGAGGCGUUCUCACUCUCCUGGACAUCCUGAGUCACGCUGAGAGCAAAGAGGAGGACAAGGCCGAGGCCGUCCAUCUCCUGCUCACUGUCUCCAACGCCGGUCGCAAGUACAAAGAGAUGAUCUGUGAAAGCCAUGGCGUGGAAGUGAUAGCAGGGUGUCUGGCCAAGACAAACACAGAGGAAACCCAAGACACAGCCUGGGCCCUGCUGGAGUCCCUGUCCCACUGGAAUCCUAAAUAUCAAAAUCUGAUCUACAAAAGCCUCAUCGCCCUCAUGGCUUGUAGCUCUCCUAAAGCCCAGCAGAUGGUGCUGCACACCCUACGUGUUGUUCAGUCCAGAAUGAAGACGGCCCAUCAGAGCAUUGUUGACCCUCUGCUGAACAAGCUGCGAUCUCUUCACCUGGACGUCCAGGAUGAAGCUAUUCAUCUUAUCCUCGACUUGAAGUGUUCUGAAGUGAGGCCGGUGCUUCUCAGUGGCCUGGUGGCUCUGCUGAGGCCUGCUACAGAAGACGUGAAGUCACAGCAGAUCACAGAAGAGGCUGAGAUGAUGGUGAUGAUUGGAUCUCUGCCUGUGUUUGUGCAACAAGCGGCUGCAGCUAAAACCAUAAGGUUGCUGGCUGAAGAGGAUCCGGAGAUUUCUCAUGCUCUUUUCUCUCUUGGAGUGAUCCAGUGUCUCCUGUGUGCUUUGGGCAACAGAGAACACACUGAUGCUCAGAUACAAGCCAGCCUGGCCCUACAGCACUUUGUCCGCUCAUCCCCUGUCAUUGAGGAACAUGUGGAGAGAUUCAUGGGCACGUCACUGUUUGCAACCUUUGUGAACCAGGCUGAGACUUUUCACAUGAAUCUGGAUGAAACACAAGCAGAAAACCUGCUGACGAACAAAGUCAACAUAUGUGAAGUUUUGGAUGGUGACUCUGAAGACUGACAAGAGGAGCAUAUACUGUAUAAUAAUAAUUUUAAUGAAGCAGAUAAAUUUAAUUUAAUUUGAAAUUUUGUAAUUGUUGCAUUUAUAUGUUAAUAAAAAAACAGUGUAACUGUCAACAUUCUGCUACUAUUUUCAAAUUUAAAUAAUCAUGAAAAAUAUUUUUUUUUUUUUAUUAA